AUGGCAAUAUCCUCAGCUUCGCCUUGUCAUUCUCCAUUAUGGGUAUUAUUAUUAGCAUUACCCAUUUUGAUACGUCUUCUCAAGGCGAAACCACUUGCUUCGAGAGAAACCGUCGUUCUUCCAUCAGAAGAAAGGGUCGUCUUACUAGGUGCAAGUUCGGGUGUAGGAAGAACUUUGGCUCAUGCGUAUUCUGAACGAAAAGCGAAAAUAUGUUUGGUAGCUAGACGUAAUGCUGAGCUGGAAAAGGUCAAAAAGGAAUGUAUUGAUAUUGGUGCAAACGAAGAAGAUGUUAUAAUCGUUUCAGCAGACAUAACAAAUACCGAUGAUUUGAUCAAAGUGAGAGAAACAGUGAUAAAAGCAUGGGGAGGUAUCGACACUUUACAUAUCUUAGCUGGACUUCCAUCAACUUCACUAUUACUAGAAUUGGCAGGCGUAAACCUUGAUAAAGGGGAUGAAUCUGCUCUUUCUGGUGCCCCCUUGACCUUCUCUACAUCUACAUCUACGUCUACGUCUACUUCGAAUUCCGAUUCUGGUUCGAUUCAUGGUGGAGACUACGGCAGGUUAAAUGGUCCAAGUAAAGAAGGGUUGGAUAAAGUAGCUUUUGAAACUAGAGCUUUGAGUGAAGUGAAUUAUAUAGGAACAGUAUUAGCUUUAACGUGUUUUUUACCACUCCUCGCUUCGACAUCCAAAUCACCAGCACUUCAUCAUCUAUCUUCAGUGGCAGCUACUGUGCCCGCACCUCACAGAGUGAUAUACGCUUCUUCCAAAGCUGCCGGUUUGAUGGCUGUGGAAAGUUGUAGGGUUGAAUGUGAAGGAUGUGGAGUCAGGUUUUUCUCUUUCUGUCCCGGGACUAUCGACAAUGAAUUUCGAUUAAAAACAGCUACUUCUCAAUCUGGUGGAAGGGAUGAAACUAAAUUACCUAUAAAACAUCAAUGGGAGAAAUUACUAUUAUCACCUGAAAAAGUGGUAGAAAUCAUACUUCAUAAUCUAUCUUUAUCACCUAAACCACAACCUCUAAUACCUUAUCCACCAUUUUCAUGGAUUAAAUCACUCAAUAUACCUCCAAAGCAUCUAGUACAUGCGCCGUGGCAAUAUAGGUUAGCGAUGAUGGUCAGAGAUACGCCGUUAGGUUGGGGUUUCGUUGAACCUGGAGCUAGAAGAAAAUAUGGUUUGAUAGGUAAACCAUCAAUGUGA